AUGCCUUUCUCGCCGCUUGAACUGCUUGAUGAAGACUAUUCAGAGCUUUUUCCAGCAACAGCUGUGAAGUCAAAUGAGAAAGUCGACAGAAAAGAAGGAAAAGUCAAUUCACAUGAAGAGAAUGUUCCUCAAAUUCAUGUAACUGACAAACUAUUUUCCGAUAACUGGAGUUAUAAAGAGGGAUCAAACAUUUCCUCGCCGGUUGUUCAAAUGACUUCUGGAGAUGGAAAUGAACAACUGAGUUCUCCAGAUGAUUCAAAAACGAGUGAAAAUAACCAAAUAUCCGACGAUGAAUAUCUAAAGGUGGAAUGUUUUGGAAUAGAAAAUAGUGACAAGAAGCUAAGUGAGAAGAGUGAAAAACCAGACAGUAAUUCACAACGUAAAUUAUUUCAUCAGACAAAUGAAACAAGUGUUGCACCGACAAGUAAUAAUAAUCUGAAAGAUAGUAGCAUUACAUUCAAUGAAACUAAAGAAAAGGAAAAUGAUAAGGCAAGACUGUCAGACGAUAUAGAACCUGUUAUAAAACCCACUAUACGCACUAGAAGACAUAUUCUUAGUUCAAACCAACCAACAACUUAUGAUAUUACUUUGACUGAUCAAAAUGAUCAAUCACUUGGUAAUACAUUGGUGAUUACUUCGAAAGAACAACAAACUAUAAUUAAUAAUAAUAAUACACAAACUACUGAUAUAAUUAUAAAAUCAACUUGUCAAUCAAAUGAUAGUUUAAAAUCAUCACCAAGAUUAUCAUCAAUUAAACGAUCAAAUAGUUUAUAUCAUUUAACUAAUCAAAAAGCAUCCAACAAAUCUGCACAUCAUAAAUAUCAAAAUAAUAAUAAUAAUAAUGAAUAUCCAUUGAAUGCAGUUGUUCUACGUGAUUUAGCUUAUCAAUCUUGGAGAAAUCGUUUAGUUAAAAGUGCACGUAUUGAACGUAUGUCAAAUUUACGUAAUGAAAUUGAUGAAACAAAAAAGGAGAAAGAGAAAUUGGAAAGAGUGAAAUCAAAUGAAAUGUGUUUUCAAGCAUGGAAGCAAAGUAAACAUCAACUUUUAAUUGAUGCAAUUAAAAAACGUAAAGCAGAAGAAUCGGCACAGAAAAAGAAGCUUGAAGAAGAACAGGAACGUAAACUGAACUCACAAAAGGCAUUCAAUGCAUGGAAAGCACAUAAAGAUGAAUCAAUCAUUAAACAACAUCGUGACAAUUUAUCUAAACAAAAACGUGAACAACAAUUCAAAGAAACAGAACAAAAUGAAAAACAAUAUUUAAAUCAACAAGCAUUUGAAGAUUGGAAAGCCAAAAAAGAUGCCGCAUUAAAACAAAGCCUUCAGAGCAAAAGAAAACAUCAAAGUGAAAAAGAAAAACAACUAGAAGAAGCUAAUCGUAUUAAAAUGGAACAAGCAGCUGAAGCUUAUCAUCAAUGGGAAUUAAAAAAGGUUGCAUCAUUAGAGAAUCUUGUUGUCAGCAUCGACCAUUCAAAUAAACCAAACAGAAGACCAUGGAGGCCUCCAUCAAAGACAAUCCCUCCAACUCACUCAUAUAGAAUGUAUUGA